AUGUCAGGCGUUCGAGAUGAUCACGAAAUCAGCAAGGACAGCUACGCAUGGCAACUAUCAGUGCAUCAGUCUACUCCCCUCGUGUUUGGCAAGGCUGGCGGCAAAGCAGGCAAGGAUUCUGGAAAAGCAAAAGCCAAGGCAGUGUCGCGUUCUGCGCGAGCUGGAUUGCAGUUCCCUGUUGGGCGUAUACAUCGCCAUUUGAAAAACCGAACGACAAGCCAUGGACGCGUUGGUGCUACCGCUGCCGUAUAUUCGGCUGCCAUCCUAGAAUACCUCACUGCUGAGGUUUUGGAAUUGGCUGGCAACGCCUCGAAGGAUCUCAAAGUGAAGCGAAUCACACCACGGCAUCUGCAGCUGGCAAUUCGUGGUGACGAAGAAUUGGAUAGCUUGAUUAAGGCAACGAUUGCCGGUGGUGGUGUCAUUCCUCACAUCCACAAAUCCCUGAUUGGCAAGAAGGGUGGACCCGAAUAA